CAUCCCACCCCCCCCGGGACCCCUGACCUCGUCGUGGAGGGUCUCCUUGGGUGGGAAUGGCCCUGAGAAGCCCGGGGGCACGACCCCGAAGGGCCCCCCGUUCCCCCCAUCGGCCCUCGUGGGGGGCGAGGCAAGAAGAUGCCCCGGAGGACCGCUGGACCACGAAGGGCCGCGUGGCCCAAGAUGCUUUCAGGGAGACCAUCUGGGAGGAGGACGACCCCAUUAUCCUGAAUACGGCUAGCGCCAGCUCGACCGCCAGCUCGGAUGCCAGCAGUGCCACCAGGGCCUCGCUGUUGGACGCCCCCUUCCACCAGUACGAUCUCAAACUGGCCCCAGCGGGCAGCUGGCCGGACUUGGGUGGGCUGCCCUCCUGCCCCCACCCCCGCCGGGCCCGCCGCCCGCCGCCCCUGGACCUGGACGACGCCGACGUGGAUACGGAGACCACCUCCACGCCCUCCGAGUCCACCGUGGCCCUGGAGGUGCCCGACGCGCCCUUCGUCCACAAGCACACCGUCGACGACGUCACGGCCACGAUCACCUGGAGCGGCCCGGAGGCCAAGCAGCGGGUCAGUUUCUACCAGGUGACGCUGCGGGUGCUGGAGACCCCCGACGGGCUGGGGGCCGUGGACGCCCCGGACCCCUGGGUCUUCAACCAGGUCGCGGGCUCCACUAUCAAGCUGACGGACCUGCAGCCCAGCACCAAGUACUGCCUCGGCGUCCGGGCCGCCAACACCGCGGGGGCCGGCGAGUGGUGCCCCCCGUACAAGUUCGCCACCUUGGCCGGGGCCGAGAAAGGCUUCGGGACCAGCCCCGUCCGGGUCACGGUGCGGAGGGCCAGGGAGACGCCGAGGAGGACCGUCCACUUCGGGGGUGGCGAGGAGGAGGAACCGAGGUGGCAGCCCCCCGAGCUGGAAGACGGGUGGCACCUCCCCCGGGAAAGCCCGCGGUGGUGUCCCCGGCCGCCGUCGGGAACCACGCAUUAAACGAUAAUUCGCUACCCCGACUCCUCCGCC